CCAAUAUGUGUGCGCUCGCUCCGUGACACUUAGCCAGACGUCCGCGCGCAGCUGCAAGUCGGCCUUGCUGCAACCUGCAACCCGACUCUGAGGACAGUCAACAUUUGGCUUCAGCCCAACAGUCACUCGUUACCGACAAGAUUUACAUGACGUUCGGACGGCCUCUAACAUGUCAUCGACGUCUCUAGGACCAAUCAUGUCUCGCGACGCCGACGUACAAGCACAUUCGACGGCACACGGCUCAAAGGAAAAGGAGACGCUCGCUCCCGAGGACGGCGGAAGCGCAAGGAAGGGUCGUGGACUCUUGAACGUACCAUCUAGGUCAUCGUCGCAAAGGAUGCAGCCCUCAUCCACAUCGACCGGGCUCGGUGGAGCGGCGGCCGGCGAAUCCCGGGACAGCGUGGACGGGCAUUCAAAGGAGUCAAAGGGAAGCCAGUUUGGUCGCAGGCGGAGAGGAAGCGCGUCGAGCAACCACUCAGGAGUUGCCAACAGCCAAACGAACACACAGGCAAACUCGCAGCCCAGCUCGCCGUCUCCUCAAUCUCAGAAACGCAAGAAGGGCGGUCUGUUAGCACUUUUCGGAUGCUGUGGCGUCCCGGACAGCGCCAACGCUCUGGAGAAUGGUGACCACCCGCUUCCAAACCACAAGGUUGACAAGAUCCCCAACCGGCCAGCUACUGCCAGCCGGAGGACGGCGACCCCCUCAGACCAGGCGACCCCCACAAAGACCUUGUACGAAAAGGAACAGACGCAGCCGACUCAAAGCACAUCCGACUCCUCAAGAACGAAACGUGUCUCUGCGGCGACUACAAAUCAGGACCAGUCUACGGUGGGAGAGCGCGAAAGCGAGUCGAAACAGCAGCCAUUGGUUGGAAGUGGUGGUCCUGCUGUUACAGUCCAGCCACCCCAGGUACCGGGAAUUCCCGAGUCUUCUGCCCAACAACCUCAACCACCUUCCAAGGAUAGAGACGGAGAUGUUGAAAUGCAGGAUGAAGGUGCCGUCGCACAACAAGGCGUCGAAGCUCCUCAGCAAAAGCUACCACCGCCUCCGCCUGGACCUAUACCCAGCUCGAACGCAGCCGAGGAACCAGUUGCGAGCGCUGACAAUGCCAUGAUCCCAGCGGCUGUUCCCGAGCCACCAGAGCAAAAGUAUCUACUACCACCUAUUCAGCCCAGGUUUAAGGGCAAGAAGUGCUUAGUUUUGGAUCUCGACGAGACGCUUGUUCAUAGUUCUUUCAAGAUCCUUCACCAGGCCGAUUUCACGAUACCAGUCGAAAUAGAAGGCAACUACCACAAUGUUUACGUGAUCAAACGUCCAGGAGUGGACCAGUUCAUGAAGCGCGUUGGCGAGCUUUACGAGGUUGUAGUGUUUACUGCAUCAGUGUCAAAGUAUGGCGAUCCCUUACUGGACCAGCUUGACAUCCACAAUGUUGUACAUCAUCGACUUUUCCGCGAGAGCUGUUACAACCACCAGGGCAACUACGUCAAAGAUCUGUCUCAAGUUGGAAGAGAUCUCAAGGACACAAUUAUCAUCGACAACUCACCCACAUCUUAUAUUUUCCACCCUCAACAUGCCGUACCGAUCAGCAGUUGGUUCUCGGAUGCACACGAUAACGAACUCCUCGAUUUGAUACCCGUCUUGGAAGAUCUGGCAGGGUCCAAUGUCCAGGACGUCAGCCUAGUCUUGGAUGUCACACUCUGAUACCAUUUCGUUUUUCAUUUGUUUAUUAACCCUCUGACCUAAAAACAACUCAUUUUUUUUCUUCAUUCCUUGUCCUAAAACACUCACUGUCAACUCAAAGUUUUCCUUUUUAUCAUUCAUCUGUUUGCCCCUUUCCAAUUACCUUUUUUUUUCUUUUGCAGCAGACCUCAGAACUUGUUCCCAUCAUAGCGGAAGGCGUUUGAAACGAAAUUUUGCCGAUUGCUGUAGAUGCUCUACUGUUUAAUAUCCUAUACAUAUUACGACAGCUUUUUGAGCGUGUCCGGCGAACUCGAAGGGGGAGAGCGGAAGGAACAGAAAAGCCGGGAGUUGUAGGGAUGCCUCGAGGACUUUUGUUUUCGCGCUGCCUCAGAGCAGAGUUUGUGGCCGACGCUGUGCGCUCGCCUUCGCUUUCACUUUACUUCAAUCCAGGUCGGAUGAGGGUUAGGGACUGAGCGUCGCUCCGAGCUGUAUGAAUUUCUUUUCUUUUCGCGGUGGUCACAGAAACGGCGCCCAGGGACAUCAGCUUCUCCAGUUUUAUCUUCUUCCCCGGCUAUCGAUUAUUCUUCCCUUGAAACAUAUACAAGUUAGAGUCUUGCCCUGUGUUCCAGAUGGGAAGGGAAGUCUUCUCUCUCGCCCUGCCUGCGGGGUUACCUUUUCAGGGAGCACAUUUUCAGCUUCUUGUAAUCUCUCAGUUCCUUUGCUUUGUGUACUUUCAGCACUUUCAUUUUUUUUCCUUGGUUUUUUUUUUUUUUUUUCAAUCUCCUGAUCUUAUUUUGCAGUUUAGUCUAUCGAC